AUGACUGCAAUCACGAUACCGUUUGGCGCCAGCUUCAGAAGGGCCAACUACGCCGUCUCGUUAUACUUAGAGGGUUCUUUUUUGGCGAUCAAGAAAACAAUUUGCUCAGCGCGGAGUUUGGUUUUAUUGACAGGAAAUGCUUCCGAAAAGAAAGCGUUAAUAGUUGAUAGAUCGUCAAACUCAAGGAGCACCACGCGGGCCCUGUCGCAACGAUUCCAGGAACACCAAGCCGGAAAUGGCUCAAGCUGGACUGAGCUCCAUCCUCCUGUUCGACUAGUUGAAUCUAUUAGGUACGAUGAAGAGGAUCUGCGGCUAGAAGAAGACAAGAUCACCUACAAGCUCAUGGAAAAGUAUGGAGUGGAUAAGGUGCGCGGCGGACAGUUUGCACGGUCAGUAUUCACGCAAGAACAACAAUUCUCGCUGCAGCAGACACUACGGCACUCUAUUGGUGCUUGCCUACGAUGCGGAAGGCCCACGCAUUACGCCUCAGAUUGCAGCGAAUUGACCGACAUUCACGGCACAACUAUAAAGAUCUCCUACACGUUCGAACGAUCUUGCCCGAUAAACUCGUCUACUGGAAACAGCAACGUACCAUUCUGUCCUUCGACUCCAACGAUUGCGGAAGUCAGUCAAUCUCUUGCCAGCACUCCAACAACGCCAGCUUUUGAUUCAGACCCGUGUGCACGCUGUGGGCGGUCCACACACGACGACAGUGAAUGUGACGCAUUGACAGAUAUUCACGGGAGUCUCUGUGAUGACGAAGACAAUGUCUAA